UUGGCGCACGUGCUGCCUCGUGGCUCCGUCGGGCCCAUGCGCGCGCGGGCUGCUAAGUGAUAUGAUUGGUUCUUUCUUCGCGGAGGGGGCGGGGCUGAGAGGAUUCGGAGAGGCCGCUGCCGCAAAGGCGAUAAAGCGGCGGCGUCCGGCCCGGGCUCGGAGGCCUAGUCGGUGUGCCCCGCCCCCCCGCCAUGCCGAACCGCAAGGGCGCGCGCAACGCCUAUUACUUCUUCGUGCGCGAGAAGCUGCCCGAGCUGCAGCGGAGCGGCCUGCCCGUGGCCCGCGUGCCCGACGCCGUCCCGCUCUGCUCGCGGGACUGGGCGUUGCUGACUGAGGAUGAAAAGGAGAAAUACACAGAGAUGGCUCAUAAAUGGAGAGCACAGAACUCCACCCAGGCAUCAAUGAAACAGCCUCCCAGUCAGAUUUCUCCGGUUCCUGCACCACUGCCCAGGCAGAUACAGAGACACGCUUCUUUUCCAGAUGCCAUCAGUCUUUCUUGGAAGAACGAUCAGGCUGUGCUUGGGAACAUCUUCUGCUUCCUGAACAUUUACAGUCAUGGAGAGCUGCCCUCUCCCUGUGAGCAGCGCUUCCUCCCUUGUGAGAUUGGCUGUGUCAAAUACUCAUUACAGGAUGGCAUAACAGCAGAUUUCCACCGCUUUGUAGAUCCCGGAGAGGUGCCACGUGGCUUUCGGUUUCAUUGUCAAGCAGCAAGCGAUGCCACUCACAAGAUCCCCAUCUCUGGUUUUGAGCUCUCGAAUGCUGGUCACCCUGUUGUGUUACGUGAACUUUACUCGUUUGUUCGGCCAAACCGCGGCAGGUGGCCACCUGUGUACUGCAAGUCUGAUGACUGGUACAGAGUCAACUGGUGUCUGAAAUGGAUGGCUAAGGAAGCAGGCAUUGAGAACCAGCUGGAGCUUUUCAGUGUGGAAAACCUGGUGGUGGAACUGUACCAGCGGAAACUUCAAAAGGAGCCUUCCAAGACCUGGGUGCGCAACCUGCUGGAUGUCUUCAUGUGGGAUUACUCCAGUAACACUAGGUGCAAGUGGCAUGAAGAGAAUGACAUCCUAUUCUGCGCUUUAGCAUCCUGCAAGAAAACUGCUUAUUGCAUCAGUAACACUCUGGCAAGCGUGUAUGGAGUCUCGCUCACAACAGCUCACCUACCUCUGCAAGACUAUGAUUCCAGCAACAAUAUAAACCCCAAGGUGGUGGUACUGGAUGCUGGACGUUUCCAGAAGCUGAGGGCUCAGAAUCCUGGUUGUAAUCGAUACUUCAGUUCUCCAGUUGAGAAACAAGGUGCUGCCUCUUCUGCUGGUGAACAUCCCUCUGGAGUGACAUCGCCAUGUAGCACAAGCAUCAUGCGAGGAAGAGGAAUCACUCGCUUGCUGGAGAGUGUCUCCAGACUUUCCAAGUCCUCCAGCAACUGAAAGCCCACCUGCCCCCCUAACCUUACCAGGAGAACUGCACAUCCUGCUCUUCCUUAUCCCCAUUAUAGUCUGGGACUUUAGCAGAUUACAGUUGCUUUGUCUGUCCCUGUAUGCAAAACCCUAAAAUACAUUCCCCUUCCCUUGACCCAAUGUAACAGUUCCCUUAGAAUGAUGACAGACUCGUUGACUGGAGGGGAAUUUUCUUUCAAUUAGAAGGAAAUCCUGGUUUUAUCUAUAGAAUACUUAUUUUGAAGGGAACUGGCAACUUCUUGCUCUCUUGACUAAAUGCAGUCUUUGGGCUUUUCUUUUGUUAGCUAACGGGAGGAGAAAUGCAGGAAAGAGAGGCUGGUGGUCAGUAACUGCGUGUUAAAUGUUCUUCUGGUGGUUAAUAUAGCAUUAAACAUGUUGUUUGAAUGGUUUAGUUCUUUAAUUUCCCUAUCACCGUGGUCUCUUCCCCACCUCCAUCCCUCUGUUAGAUGUUGGAAGACAGUUGUCUCCGCAUAUAGCCAUAUAAAAUAACAUGUGGCUGGGAGGCAUUCUAGUGCUGAAAGACAGGGUGGUGGGAGUGUCUCAAAGGGGUACUGCCAUAAAUUCUUCAUGAGUGGAGGGACGGGUU